GCUGUAGCCCAUCCCCACACUGUCCCACGGGCCCUGUACCCCCUUCUCAUACUGCUGCAGACCCAUCCUCUGCCAUGUGCAUCUUUAUCGUCCUCCCCCACACUGCUGCUGGGGGGACUUUUUAACAUAGGCCUCUGUAUGGCCUUCAAUUUAGCUACUCUACGCUUCGCCACUCUGCCAUGGGCCCCUGUACCAUCCUCUUGCUGCUUGCCAGGUCCAGAGUGUGUCAUGGGUCCCUGUACGCCUCCCAUUGCUGCUGACUUCAUCGCCAGACUCUGCCAUGUGCCACUUUCAGGUCUCCUUACACUGUUGGUGGGUUCCAUUUUGUGA